GAUAAAGGAAAUCUAAAAAAUGUCUCUUAAGAGAUUAUAUUUUGUUUCUUAUCAUCUUCAUUGUUUAUCACUUAAAUUUUAUCUGUGUAAAUGUUGAUUACCCUUCGUUCGAUUACCUAAUUCAGUGUAAAAAUGAGUUUCAAGGGUAAAGUGGUUUUGGUGACCGGCGCCGGCUCCGGGAUUGGGGCUGCCACUGCCAUCCUCUUCUGCAAGGAAGGUGCUGAAGUCGUCAUCGUAGACAAAAACGAAGAAAAUUUACGCAAAGUCGAACAGAAUUGCACCAAAGUAGGAAAUAAACCUUUGGCCAUCAAAGCCAACGUGGCUAAUGACGAGGACGUCAAGAAUAUUAUAAACGAAACAAUCGCCAAGUAUAAUAAAUUAGAUGUAUUGGUUAACAAUGCUGGGGUUAUCCGAUUUGGAAGCAUUCUUGAUGGAAAACUGACGGAGAUAUACGACGAAAUCAUGAGUAUAAACGUGCGUGCUGUAGUCCAACUGACUACGUUGGCAGCCCCGUAUUUAGUGAAAACUAAAGGUAAUAUUGUAAAUGUUGCCAGCAUUUCUGGAUUAACUAUCAAUAAAAUUGAAUUGGGAGCAUAUUGUACAUCAAAAGCAGCUUUAAUUCAUUUCUCAAGAGCAGCUGCCUUGGAGCUUGCACCUCAUGGAGUUCGAGUAAAUGUCGUCAGUCCAGGCCCGGUUUAUACCAACAUUCUACAAAAUGCUGGCCUUGCAGGUGGAUUUGAUGAUUUUAAAGAAGUCACUGCUUUGAAUAACAGGAUCUCUGAUCCGGAGGAGAUAGCCGAUGUGAUCUUUUUCCUCGCUAGUGGCAAGGCAAGGGGUAUAACUGGGUCGAACUAUUUAUCUGAUAACGGCAAAUUACUUGUUAAAUAAGUUUAUUAACUUCCCUAUUACAUAAAAUUAUAUUAAUAGAUUUUUAGUUACAGGAAGUAUAAUUAGAAAUCUGAGAUAAAAAAUGCAUAUACAUAUUAUUAUUAUGCAAAUAUAUAUUAUUCGAUAAAAAAUGCAUAUACUAGCA